UGACCUCUUGAAAAAACUAUCCGUCAAGGCCGGUCUAAUUGGCUGUUUCCGUGGCCUCGUUGUCAACGGCGAAAUCUUGGACAUUUACAGUUACAUGUCCGUGCACUUGUCGGAAAUUAUCAAAGAUUGCAAACCAUCCUGUGUGCCAAAUCCUUGUAAAAACGGAGCCGAAUGCAAGGAGCUGUGGAGUACAUUUAAGUGUGUGUGCAACAACACUUGGGCACACAUCGGAGAGUUCUGUGAAACCAAUAUUAAUGAAAAGGCACUUACAUUCAUUAACCGCGAAUCGUUCUUGAUGCGCAACUACUUAAGUGCCACCGCCCAGCCCACCGACGCCCAAGUCGGUUUCGUUGACGAGGAACGGGAAAUGCUUAAAGGUGUCUUGAACAAGGACAUACUCAUUAAUUUACGCACUUACGACACCAACUCGAUGGUCCUGUACGCCAACGAUCAUUAUAAUAAUUUCGUCCACUUGUUCAUAACGGGCGGACGAGAGAUUGUCUUCCUCUAUAAUUACGGCGAUGAAAUUGUUAAUUUGACGAUAGUCGACGAGAGCGUGAGUACGCUGAAGAGCAUUCAAGUGGCAAUUGUACGGCAGCCGGAACACACAGAGAUGCAUGUGAACGGAAAGAGUGUGGUGAUUGAGAAGGGUACCCAACUAUUAGAUGAAUAUUCAAAUAAACCGUGGAAAAAUCCUGAAAUGG